AUGCGGGGUGGCGGGUUGAUGAUGUGGCGUCAAUCAUGGCAAGCGGGGUCGGGACAGAGCAGGCAUGUGAGACAGAAAAACCGUCAGUCUCAGAAAAGUGGUCCUGCAAACAGGACGCGAGUACCAAACGGUGGCGUAGACUUCAGCGAGAGAGAGAGAGAGAGAGAGAGAGAGAUCGGCCGUCUGAAACACGCUCGAGUCUGGGUUGUGUGGUGGGAAGAAAGGGCGUCUACGGAGGGUCUCGUCCCUAUUACUAGGGCUUUCCUCUCUUCAUACUACGACAAAUACCCGUUUUCCCCUCUCUCCGACGACGUCUCUCGUCUUUCUUCCGAAAUUCGCUCUUUCGCUAACGAUGUCAUCGCUGAUAUUCCCCCCAAUCAAGGUGAAAAGUUGUUAUUGGAUGAAGCCGACUGUAGACCUCCCCAUAAAAUUGAUGAGAACAUGUGGAAGAAUCGAGAACACAUUGAAGAGAUUAUCUUCUUGCUUGAGAGCCCUCAUUGGCCUCCGCUGCUCCAACAGCAGUCGAUCGAUGAUGCUGAGCUUGCCGUUGUUUUGGGGCAGAUCAAAGAUAAAUUUCAAAACACUUUGAAGACUUUGCAAACUUUCCAAGCAAUGAAUUCAGAGCGUAUUUUCAAUACAGUUAUGACGUACAUGCCUCAAGAUUUUCGGGGGUCACUUAUUAGACAACAAAGAGAGCGUUCUGAGAGGAAUAAGCAAGCAGAGGUAGAUGCUUUGAUUAAUUCUGGAGGAAGUAUACAUGAUCGAUACACCCUUCUUUGGAAACAACAAAUGGAGAGGAGGAAACAGUUAGCUCUGCUUGGUUCUGCUACAGGUGUUUACAAAACCCUUGUGAAGUACUUGGUUGGGGUUCCACAGGUUUUACUAGAUUUUAUUCGUCAAAUAAAUGAUGAUGAUGGGCCUAUGGAAGAGCAAAGGCAACGGUAUGGACCACCUUUAUAUAAUCUUACAGCAAUGGUGCUGUUCAUUCGGCUCUUUCUUGUGUUAGCUUGGGGACGGUUUGAGGCUGGAAAGUUAAAUAGGCAAAAGGUUGCUGUCUUGGAACAAGCAGUUGAUGUCUACACCACCGAGUUUGAAAGAUUCCUCAAGUUUAUUGGUGAGGUCUUUGCAAAUUCGCCCUUCUUUAUCUCAGCAGAGGUUGCCGGUGCACUGGAAGGAAGGAAAAAUGAUGAUUACAAAGAAAUAAGUGUUCCAGCUGGCAAAAGUCAUGAGGUCUUGUUGUCGGUAGACUCAUUAAAUUCAUACAUUGCUUGGGAUUUCUCGGUGGUGCAAGGCAAGAUAUCUUUGGAUAUUGGUUUCAGUGUGGAGUAUACAAACUCUUCGGGAGAAAAAACUCUAAUAUUGCCCUACCGACGUUACGAGGCUGAUCAGGGCAACUUCUGCACAUGCAUGGCUGGAAACUACAAACUAAUUUGGGACAAUUCAUACGCAAGUUUUUUUAAGAAGGUGCUGCGGUUCAAGGUGGAUUGCAUACCUCCAGUCGUGGAGUCGCCGCCGUCCGAUAACCAAGUAGAAGUAUGACGAGCCAUUUUAUUGUAGCAUCAUCCCACAUUCUUGCUCAUUGUGAUUCCUUGCUUUUAACUUAAUUAUACAAUGUAUCACGCAAUUCACAUUAUUUUUGGUAUAAUGUCUCCCGAGGGUGGUUAUCCUUAUUUGGUUACGUAAUUAAGAGCUAAUAUUUUCAAUCGGAUAAGAAUGUAUAUGUUGUAUAUUUAUUUUACCUGGAAAUCAGCAAAGUCCAUUCAUCUCAUCGCAUAAAUUCAGAUCCCCCUUAUACCUUGUUCUUGCCUUUUAUCAUGGACAAGGCUUGUGAGUUUGUAAUUUUAUACCGAAGAAAAACAGAAUAUAUAAGCUCAAAAACAUACCUAAAAUCAGAUGCCUAAAAUUCCUUUUUAUUUUUAUACGUGUCAUGGUAGCGAUUAUGGAUCCUCCAGUAGGGUGUAUGAAAGGGCAAGAAGCGAUAUUCAAGCUUACUGCUUGAAUAGCUUUCUGAGUAUUUGGAGCAAAGAACUGCUAUCGAGCAGUCAAGGAGAGAUUGAC